UGCAGUCAGCAUUACAUAUCAUAUGCAUAAUCCAUUUUUAGCCAAUCAUUAUUCAACCAUCGUGUCGUAAUGCAGGUCUUGAUUCGGGUACACACUCGAUAGAGUAUUAAAAUAGUAUUGGGGUAUAAAUAUAUGAGUAGCGAGAUACAAUUCAGUAACCUCAUUCCUCAUCAUUAACAAUUUUCAUUAUAAACAAGAUGCGUUCGCUAUACUUGCCGUGCGCUUUAUUUGUAGCUGUUUUUAAGAAUGUGGUAUGCCAUCCAGUAUCCCCAGGGAGGAUUCUUGAGAAGUCAACAGAUCUCUUGCAAAGUUAUGAUUAUGUGAUUGUAGGAGGAGGAACAAGCGGACUUGUCGUUGCAAAUCGGCUGUCGGAAACCAAAAGUAAAGUCCAACACCUCAAAUUUCCCACAUUAACAUCGAUUGACAUCUUUCCAGAUAUCACUGUUCUCGUGAUCGAGGCAGGAAACUUGUGCGUCCUUAAAUUCCCAUGGAAUCCACCAAACAUUGACAAAGUCCCAGCCAUAAAAAUGAAGAUUUCAUAACCAUUCCCCUAAUAACCACGUCCAAUCUCCCUUUCCUCGGUACGGGUCCCAGAAACACAAUCUACGACUACAAUACGACCUCAACUCCACAACCACAUCUCGUAAAUAGGUCCCUGGCUUUGUCAGCUGGAAAGGUAAUUGGUGGUUCUUCCGCCAUAAACGGAAUGGUAUUUAUGCGUGGAAAUGCAGCCGAAUAUGAUCACUGGGAAGAACUCGGAAAUACGGGGUGGAAUUGGAAGGGGUUAUUACCUUAUUUUAAGAAAAGUGAACAUUUCACACCUGCUGAAGAACAGGAUGUGCAGGAAUGGGGAAUUGGAUAUGAUGCGAAUGUGCAUGGAGAAGGUGGGUUUGUGAAAAAUGGCUUUUCGAGAUUCAUUUGGCCAAGUACCAGUGAGUUCCUUUUUCUGUUCGUGUAAUUCCACUAUUAUAACUAUAAAUCUUCAUGAAAACACUGCAUCUCGACUAAGAGACCACAGAAAACUUCCUAACUGCCUUCCUCGAACUCGGCGUCUCUUACAUUAAAGACUCCCUCUCCGGGCUCAACACCGGCGUGUUCUUCUUCCUACUCUCCAUAACCCCUGAUUCUCAAGAACGCAGUACAUCUCAAUCUUUCCUACCAUUUACUUCCGACAUUCCUACCCGUCCUAAUUUACAUGUUUUAACUUCUCAUACUGUUACUCAAAUUCUCUUUUCUUCUACCCCUUUUAAUUUUUCUUCUAUGAACUCGACGGAACCACGAGCUAUGGGGGUGGAAUAUUCUGCUGGAGUUGACGAGGAGAGGUAUACAGUGAAUGCUAGGAAAGAAGUUAUUCUUAGUGCGGGGGCACAGAGAACCCCGCAAUUGUUGCAAAUUUCUGGAAUAGGACGUCGUGAUGUGUUGGAAAAUUUGGGGAUUGAACUUGUGGUUGAGAGUGAAGGCGUAGGAGAGAAUUAUCAAGAUCAUUUGUUAUUUACUACUUUUAGUCCUGGUAUGUUAUUUUAUCGCAUUUUGGAACAUGAUUCUGAUUUGCUCUGGAACAAAGCUCCAAAUCUUGAGGUUCAGUAUGGAAAUUUGAGCACGAAUGCUACGUGGGCUGCGGAGAUGAGGAAGUUGUACAAUGAGAAGAGGGAUGGUAUGUUAUUUUAUUUUACGGCUUUGAAAACAGUAAGUGAUAUACUUACGUCUAAUCAUUCCUAGGGCCCUUCACAACGGCCUCCGCAAAUGUAUUUUCAUUCCUCCCUCUCGCCACCAUCCUUAACGGCUCAGCACCUUCGACCCUCGACGAUCUCCAAUCCCUAUCCCAUUCCGAAAACUCAUCCCAAUACCUACUCUCAUCCACCCCAUCUUCCGUCCACGCAGGGUACAAACUCCAGCACCAAAUCCUAACUUCUGGUCUUCUCUCCACAAACACCUCUCACAUGGAAAUAAUAGUAGGCGACAGCAUCAUAGCCCCCGCCAUCCAACUUCCCUAUUCCCGCGGCCGCGUCUCCAUUUCCUCAACCUCUGCCUUCGAUCCUCCCCUUCUAAACCCAAAUUGUCUCUCCCAUCCUAUUGAUCUCUUACAGCUCACCAUCGCAUUCAACUACACACGGUUCAUGCGCACUGCUCCUUCUCUCCAAGCAAUCUCCUUCACGGAAUCAUAUCCAGGCACCAAUAUUACAACUCAAGCACAGAUUGAAGAAUUUAUCAGGGAAACGGUAGUGACUGAAAAUCAUAAUGCGGGGACUGCAUCGAUGUUGCCGAAAAAAUUAGGAGGCGUGGUUGAUGAGAGAUUAAGGGUUUAUGGGGUGAAGGGGUUGAGGGUUGUGGAUGCUAGUGUGAUUCCGAUGUUGGUUGGGGCGCAUUUACAGGCGACGGUUUAUGGAGUUGCGGAAAAGGCGGCGAGUAUGAUUCUCGAAGAUUCAUGAUAGUGUUUUAUAAAAGUACAAGGUUUUGAAGAAGAGAGGGGGCCGGAUCCAAUGGUCGGAGGGUGUGCAUAAGGAUGAGCAAUACAACAAACUUUUCGCGCAGCUCUGGCAAUCUGGUUCUGAAGCUGCUCAACUAGAGUAGCUUCAAGGAUUUCAAUGGACAGUGAUAAGCUAACAAAU